AUGGAGAUGCUUGUGGACAUUUUAUCCUGGUUAUUGGACUUCGAUGCUUCAAGUACCGUGUUGGAAAUAAAGAACAAGUCUUACGAGGAGAGGGAGUUGAUUCUUCCAAUCGAACAGCGUAAAUUUGUGAAUUCAGUGAACCAAGCCUUGAAACAAUAUCAGGGUUUGAGUGUUGAUGAACUCAAGAUUUGUUUCGAUGUGGAUCAAUAUAAACGUGAAAUUGAUAGUUGGAUCCACUUUGCAAAGGAAAAAGAUGUUAAAAGGUAUCGGUUCGAUUUGAAAAGUUGUACAAAAUGGCCGUUUGGAGACUACAGUUUUCCCUUGCAGUCACGCAGCUCUUCCAGCUUUAAUUCUCUAACGGCCCUGCAUUUGAUAUCUGUGGAAGUGACUGGAAAAGUUAUUGAGCACCUUUUAUCUGAUUCUCCAUUCCUUGAAGGGUUACAUGUGGAACGUUCAUCAUGCCUGGGUGAUCUGAAAGUUUCUAGUUCUUCUGUGAAGUUAAAAUACUUGGUUUUAGCUUAUAAUCUUGUGGAAAAUGUUGAGAUAUCUGCCAAAGAUCUUGUUUCUUCCAAGUAUCAUGGGAGAAAGACGAACAUGUCUCUUACGGAUGUUCCUCGACUAACCGAGGUAUCAGUUGGGGGACCUUACUGUGAUCAUCUAUUAAAAGAUAUGUUAUCAGAAUUUUCAAGUUAUCUUUCUCAACUGGAAAAGCUUUCAUUGUGCCGAGGGUUUAAGACUUUUGAUGAUUACCUUAACUUUUUGGAAUUUCAGAUGAAUUGGGGCAUUCCGAUCCAGAAAUUCUCUGGACUAAACAAUCUUAACCAAAUGCAGUUGACUUUAGAUGUGUUUGAUGAGGAGGGCCUUCUCUAUUCCCGCUCUUUGAUAGAAGCUUCUCCCUCAUUACAUAGAUUAUCGCUGCAGUUACGACCAAGACCUAAAGAAAUGUUUGGGGAGAUGACAUGGAGGUCUAUUGGGGGCCAAAAACAUCGAUCCCUGAAGGUGGUGGAAAUUGUUGGGUUUACGGGUCGGUCUUAUGAUCUUGAACUUGCCCUGGACUUAGUCAAGUACGCCGUAUCUCUUCAAAAAUUGAUAAUUAAUCCGCGACAGUUGUUUUGGUUGGAAGAGGAGUCGAGCUCCAAUGAAGACACAAGGGAACUGGGGGCUGCCAGAAAUCGUGCCCAAAAGAUGCAAGCAAAAUUACCUUCACGAGUUGAAUUGGAAAUACUUUAA